AUGCAAGAAGAAAUAUUGCAAAACCUAUGGAAAGUGGCCCAAGGUAAAUGGGAGUCGGGCGUCCUUCCCAGCGCCGAGAGCUUGGCUAGAGCCCGAGCUUCUCUGCCUAAUAGCCUUCCCAAUACAGGUGCCAGUCUUGAUUCAGUUCAAAAACACAUUCUGGAUGAUAUAGUCCCGGCCUUCAAUGGAGGGAGUAUCAGCCCCAACUAUUAUGGAUUCAUAACAGGCGGAGUCACGCCGGCAGCGCUCUUCGCAGACAACGUCGUGUCUGCCUACGACCAAAAUGUCCAAGUCCAUCUAUCAAACCACUCUAUCGUCACGGAUGUCGAGUUCCAUGCAAUCGGUCUGCUAGCAGACCUCUUUCGACUGGACCGCUCCUCAUGGCAUAACGGGACUUUCACCACCGGUGCCACGGCGAGUAACAUUCUCGGUCUUGCCCUUGGGCGCGAGUUCGUCCUCCAGAAAGCUGCUGAAAAGAAAGGAAGCCCAAUAUACAGUGUUGGAGAAGAAGGCCUAUUUGAAGUGUUACAGGCGCUCGGCCUUUCUGGCAUUCAAGUACUGUCGACGCUCCCUCAUUCUUCUCUAGUCAAGGCUGCAGGUGUUCUCGGCAUUGGGCGCACCAAUGUUCGAAAUAUCUGUCUUGCGAAUAAUCCGCUUCAUUUUGAUAUGGAUCAGCUGGAAAAAGAGCUUGCACGGACGGACAAAGUCAGCAUCGUCGCUAUAUCCUGCGGAGAGGUCAACACUGGCCGGUUCGCUACAUCUGGCAUGGAUCAAUUAGCUGAAAUUCGUCGGUUGUGUGACAAGUAUGGCGCUUGGAUUCAUGCUGACGGUGCAUUUGGAAUCUUCGGUCGAGUAUUAGAUGACAACCCGGAAUUCGCAACUGUUAGGAAGGGAGGUGAUGGCAUAGAACUGGUGGACUCGAUUACCGGCGAUGGCCACAAGCUCCUGAAUGUGCCUUAUGAUUGUGGUUUCUUCUUAUGCCGACACCCUAACUUGGCUUUCCAGGUCUUCCAGAAUGCGAAUGCAGCCUAUCUCACUGCAGCGGCAUCUGAUGGGCCCUCUAUUCCAUCCCCUCUGAAUAUCGGAAUUGAGAAUUCUCGCCGAUUCAGGGCAUUGCCCGCGUACGCGUCUCUCCUUUCAUAUGGCAAAGAUGGAUACCGAGAAAUGCUGGAGCGUCAAAUUCGACUUGCUCGCGCCAUUUACGAUUGGAUUUUUGAACACCAGGAGUACAUUCCUCUACCACAGACGAUUUCCAAAACAGAGCUCCUGGACCAAACAUUUAUGAGCGUCUUGUUCCGCGCCAAGGACAAUGCUUUGAACAGUGAGUUGGCGAAAAAGAUCAAUGACACCGGCAGGAUGUUUGUCUCGGGAACAAGCUGGGAUGGGGCCCCUGCUUGUCGAGUUGCUAUCUCCAAUUGGCGAGUUGAUGUCGAGCGAGAUGUCGCCUUGGUGACAGGUGUGCUAGCAGAGGUUUCUCAGAGCUAG